AACGGUGGCCUAAUAUUCACCAUGGAAAGGCUCUCUCUUUUUCUUCUUGCUGCUGCCAUAUUUGCUGCAACAUAUUGCCAUGCUUCUUCUGUUGAAAAGAGAGGGAUCUCCAAAACAAUACACCUUCUUCGCCCAAAAUCAGGCUCCGGUGGGGAACUUCUCCAAGGUAUUUCUUGCAAUAGUUGGCGUCUCGCUGUUGAAACCAAUAACUUCCGUAACUGGAAAACUGUUCCAAUGGAAUGUGGGGAUUAUGUUGGCCAUUACUUGUUAGGCCAGUACUACCGCCAAGAUUCAAGAUUUGUCACCCUAGAGGCUGCAAAAUAUGGUGAGAGCGUUAACCGCACUGGAGACGGUAAAGACAUUUGGGUAUUUGACAUCGACGAAACUACAUUAUCCAAUGUACCUUACUACGCUAAACAUGGAUUCGGGGUUCAACCAUAUAACGACACAGCCUUCAAUGCAUGGGUUGAUACCGGCAAAGCUCCAGCCUUGCCGGAAAGUCUUACAUUAUACAACAGAAUACUUUCGUUAGGCUUCAAAGUUGUAUUUUUAACUGGAAGAGCAGAAAUGCGUAGGGAAAUUACUAGGAAAAACCUUCGUGCAGCUGGAUACAAAAACUGGGAGAAGCUUCUUUUAAGGCAACCAUUAGAUGCACAUAAAUCAGCAGUUGUGUUUAAAUCUCAACAAAGGGCAAAGCUCGUGCAACAAGGAUAUAGAAUCCAAGGAAACAUUGGAGAUCAAUGGAGUGAUAUUUUGGGAACCGACAUCGGUAGCAGAACGUUCAAAUUGCCCGACCCUGUUUACUAUAUUAGUUAGCUAUUCGCUGUAACUUAAAGUUAAUCGUCUUGUGUUAAUCGAACUAUUGUAGUGCUGGGGUUUGGUUUUUAGCUUAGCCUUUGUGAGACUUCCAAUCAAAUUAAUAUUUUAUGUUAUCUUCAACAUUGCUGUUCUCUGUGUAAACGCAGCAGUAGUAGGUAGAAAUAUUUCUGAUUUCGUAACAAAAAUGGGUUGUCUGAAAUUCUGAACUUAUAUUCAUC